GCUCGGUUGCGUCCAGCUUCGUCCCGGUCCGGCUGGUGAACGGCUCUGGCGGCUGCGCCGGGAGGGUCGAGGUGUUCCACAACGGGAAGUGGGGGACGGUGUGUGAUGACAGCUGGGACUUCCUGGACGCCAAGGUGCUGUGCCGGCAGCUGGGCUGCGGCACCGUGGUGCUGGCCCCGCACCGCGCUCACUACGGGCAGGGAGAGGGGCCCAUCUGGCUGGACAAUGUGCGCUGCACAGGGACGGAGGCUGCCCUCUCCGAAUGCAAGGCCAAGGGCUGGGGCAUCCAUGGGUGUGAGCAUGGAGAGGACGCCAGCGUGAUCUGCUCAGGAUCAGGCAUUUCCGACCUCGGGAGCCUCCGCCUGGUGAACAGCUCAGACCCGUGCUCCGGGAGAGUCGAAGUGUUCCACGACCAGCACUGGGGUGGGAUCUGUUCCGACGGCUGGGACCUGGCCGAGGCCCAUGUGGUGUGUCAGCAGCUGGGGUGCGGGACGGCGCACGCGGCGGUGGGGUCCCCCCGCUUCGGAACAGGAGAUGGCCUCAUCUGGGUGGACGCUGUGGAGUGCACCGGGACGGAAGGGGCCCUCUUGGAAUGCAAGGUGAAGCUGUGGGGCGCCGAGAGCUGCAGGUCGAGGGGACACGCCGGCGUCGUGUGCUCUGCGGCUGCAGACAUGGACCCGAGAAGCUCGGAAGCCCUGCGGCUGGUGAAGGGCCCGCACCGCUGCGCCGGGAGGGUGGAGGUGUUCCACAGCCAGCAGUGGGGAACCGUCUGCGACGAUGGCUGGGACGUCGUGUGCCGGCAGCUCGGCUGUGGGGCAGCCUUGUCUGCUCCGGGGCAAUCUGGGUUUGGAGAAGGAUCUGGCCCCAUCUGGUUGGAUGGGGUGAGCUGCCUGGGGACAGAAGCCACCCUCGCCGAAUGCCCGGCCAAGCCUUGGGGACAACAUGCAUGUAACCACGUGGAGGACGCCAGCGUUGUGUGUGCAGGCUCGGGCAUUGCCAGCAGCCCCCGGCUCCGCCUGGUGGGUGGUUUGAGCGAGUGCUCCGGGAGGGUCGAGGUGUUCUACGCCAACAAGUGGGGCACGAUCUGCGAUGACAACUGGGACGUGCAGGACGCGGCCGUGGUGUGCCGGGCCCUGGGCUGCGGUGCUGCCGUGCUGGCCCCCGGCUCCGCUCGCUUCGGAUGGGGAGCGG